GAGUUUUUAGGGAGAAACUGGGCAGGCCAGGAGCUUUGACAGCUGACAGCAUCGGUUUGACAGCUAGCUAACCUUGCCGGAAAGUGAUACUUUUCUCACCAUCACUAAAAUAAAGCAUGGAUGGAUGGACGGACCAUUGCUAUAUAGUUAUAACCAUGUUAAUCCCUAAUAGCGACUAUGAUCUAUUUCAUUUAUGUAGCCGGCUGUGAAAUCAAAUGCCAGUAGUAGAACUACAAUACCCACGGACCAUUGCUGUAGCUCGUCAUAUUUACAACAAGGAAGUGGCGUUGUAACGUCCCAGUGUGGACUGAUUUAUUUUAUAAGCUGCUUAGAAAGACAGACAGCAGGUUUUUAAGCCCAUCGCGCCGGUAGAUAAGCUUGACACACUGUACUAAAGGUUGUAUAAGUGUGUUUCUUAAUUUAGUUCACCUGAAAUUAGGGUCUGUUGAUGGGUGAAGUUGGGUCGCUAGACAGCAAAAAGUGGCAGGUGUGUGUUUGAAUGACUUAACUCUCAUUCAUUCAAGAUUCAAAGUAACCAAUCUGCCACCGGCUUGAAACAAGAAAGUGUUCAAAGAACGUCUGGGGUCUCCCCAGACCCCAGUCUUCAUCAUGAGGAUGAUAAUGUUCUUCCUGGUUGGGCUUCUGGUCCAUGUCAUUUUCUUCAUCUCCAUAUUUGACAUCUACUUCACAUCGCCCCUGGUCCACGGCAUGGCCCCCCAGGUGCCCUCCCUGCCUCCCCCUGCCUCCCGCCUGCUGCUGGUGGUUGCAGAUGGACUCAGGGCAGACAGCCUCUAUAAGCCUGAUGCCAAUGGAUCCACCAGGGCUCCUUACUUAAGGAGUGUGAUGGAAGAAACAGGGAGUUGGGGUGUGUCACACACUCGUGUUCCCACCGAGUCUCGACCUGGACACGUUGCUUUGAUCGCUGGCUUCUACGAAGAUGUCAGCGCUGUAGCUAAAGGCUGGAAGGAGAAUCCAGUGGAGUUUGACUCUGUGUUCAAUGAGAGCAGACACACCUGGUGUUGGGGCAGCCCUGACAUCCUGCCCAUGUUUGCCAAAGGUGCCAGUGGGGACCAUGUGUACACCUACACCUACCCAGCAGAGAGAGAGGACUUUGCCUCCACCGACGCCUCCAGACUGGACACCUGGGUCUUUGAUGAAGUCAAGUCGUUCCUCCAGUCUGCCAGGGUGAACUCCAGUCUGAUGUCCAGUUUACAGAAGGAUCAGAAUGUCUUCUUCCUCCACCUACUGGGCAUUGACACCAAUGGACACGCCCACAGACCCAUGUCACAGGAAUAUCUAGAGAACAUACGUCUGGUUGACUCUGGGGUGAAAGAGCUGGUCUCCAUGGUCGAGGACCUUUUUGACAACGAUGGGAGAACAGCCUAUGUGUUCACCUCUGACCACGGCAUGACCAACUGGGGCUCCCAUGGUGCAGGCCACCCCUCUGAGACCCUGACCCCAUUGUUGGUGUGGGGAGCUGGGGUUCACACUGCUCAGAGAGUCACUGAACCCCAGAAGUACUCCGAUGGAUACCUACAAGAAUGGCAGCUGGAGGGCCUCCGCAGGGUUGAUGUCAAUCAGGCAGACAUAGCGCCACUGAUGUCAUCUCUUAUUGGAGUGCCUAUUCCUCUCAACUCUGUGGGUGUGUUACCACUGCAGUACCUGAACAACAGUGACCAGUUUAAAGCUGAGAGUAUGUACUCUAACGCCAUCCAGAUACUGGAGCAGUUCAAGGUGAAGAUGGCUCAGAAAAAGGAAACGACUUUAUCCUUUCUCUUCACUCCAUACCAGUUGCUGACAGAGUCACGCCAGGCAGAGUUUAUCAACAAGGCCAGGGUUCUGAUCCAGCUAGAGGAAUAUGAAGAAGCUAUCUCUCUGUGCAGGUCUCUGAUUGGCCAUGCGUUGGAGGGUCUGUCCUACUACCACACCUAUGACCGGUUCUUUCUGGGCUGUAGUGUUGUGCUGGGCUUCACAGGCUGGACCUCCUAUGUGGUUCUUGUUAUACUGAAGACACACGCCAGUCUCAGGAGACCACCCACACCCACUGACCAGGUGUCUGGUAAAACCCUGUGGUGGAUGGGUGUGGGAGCUACGCUGCUGAUUGGAAUGUUCCUGAUAAUCCAGAGAAGUCCAGUAACCUACUACAUCUACUGUCUACUGCCUGUCCCUGUCUGGUACUCUGUCCUCAAAGAGUUUGGAACUCUAACAGAUCUGGUUCGUUCGUACAGUUCACUACCACUGGGUAAAUGCUUUGGCUACUUUGCCCUGGUCACAUUUGGGAUUGAACUUCUGGUGGUGAGUUUCUUCUAUCGGGCCAUGUUGACUGUAGGCCUGGCCGUUCUCUCUCUCUGGCCCCUCCUCUCUGGCCUCUACAGCAAGGCCAAGUUUAGGUCAGUGAGCUGGGUCCUGUGUUGUUUGUUUCUGGCCACAUUUCCCAUGAUGCCAGUUGUUGGGAGAGAAGCCAACAUCCACAUGGUUACCUGUGCAGGUGUACUCUCUCUGUUCAUUUCCACCUUUUACCUCUGGUUGGCACGGAAACGGACUACACUACACCUGACUGACCGCUACCUCUUAAUCUUCCAGAUGCUCCAUGUAGCAGUGUGUGCCUAUGUGCCCACCAGCACUCAUUCCAGUCUGCAGCUGAAACAGGGUCUGCCUCUCCUCAACCAGAUGAUCAGUUGGACUACACUGGGUUCCUCUCUGUUUGUUCCUUUGUUGAGUUCUACUCGUCUGUUCCAUCGUCUGCUCAGUAUCUUCCUCUCCCUCACAGCCACCUACCUACUACUGAGUACUGGGUCUGAGGCUCUGUUCCCGCCAGUCUUGUCCUGGCUGAUGUUUGUGUGGAUCAACAUAGAACAGGAAGCCAUGCUCUCUCAAGGUAUCUCUGGGAGACAGGAGCUGUCCACGCUUGACUUCUCUGAAAACAUUGACAUCACCAAGAUUAGACAACUAAAGCUGGAUGACAUCAGAAGAUCCUACUUCUUCGUUUUCUUCAUAAUUACAGCCUUCUUUGGUACUGGGAACAUAGCAUCCAUUAACAGUUUUGAUCCAGCCUCAGUGUACUGCUUCCUCACCGUCUUCAACCCCUUUAUCAUGGGAGGCCUGAUGAUGUGGAAGGUGAUAAUCCCAUUCAUCAUCGUUAUGUGUACGUUUGAAACCAUCCAGGUCUCUACACAACUUUCCUCCAGAAGUCUGUUCCUCAUCGUCCUGGUGAUUUCUGACCUGAUGGCUCUGCAUUUCUUCUUCCUAGUGCAGGACUAUGGGAGCUGGUUGGACAUUGGCACCAGUAUCAGCCACUAUGUGAUUGUGAUGUCCAUGACCAUCUUCCUGAUGCUGCUCAGUCUCAUGACCCACAUCCUCACGUCCGGGAGAGUCUCUCUGUGGAGGACACGCAAGAUGCACUUCCCCUGAACACUAUCUCUCUCACUCUUGAUUCAAGAAGAUAAACUCCCAGGCCAUUUGACUUUUUUAAAAGUUUUUUAAUUUGACUUUUUUAACGGUACAUAAACUGAUCAGAUCAGAAUUCUGAAGUCUGACAAAUGUUAUUUUUUUUGAGGGGCGACAAUGUCAUAGAGGACCCGGUGUGCAUUCACAACACUCCAUAGGCGACAGAGGUCACAGGUGUCGAGGGGAACAGUCAACAUGCCGGCGAUCAGAGGAAGGCUCCAGGCAGGUGGAAAUGAUCACAUAACAGCACAGUCCAAACUCCGAUGUCAGUCAGCUAGCGCGCUAGCACUAAGCCAAGGUUACAAAAGCUCCGGUAGGCCAAAAGUUGGACAAAACAAAUGACAAAAGACAAACGAGGUACUAAACAAUUAGAGUAGGCAGGGAUGAUUUGAAGCAAGUCACAUUCUGAAUGUGCAGAAUGCCCCAUGUGUAAUAUGAUAGCUGGUUUACAUCACACUUCCUCGUGAAUGUUGGAUUGUAGCUCACCACCGCCAACACUCGGUCUCUUAAUGACGGUGGCAAUUGUGCAUUGUGGGUAGUUAAGACGUUAUCCGAAAAUAAGUUAAUACAUAUUUAAAACCCCAAAACAGAACUAUUUUGGAAGUUAUAGUUAACCAGAUCGUGACUACAACUAAGUUUGACUACACUGUGUUGUCACUUUGUUGAGUAAAAACUGCUGCUUUCUACCCUUUAAGUCUAGGUAUAAGUCUAUUUGAAUAUUUGAUCUGUAUAUGAUAUUGACAACACUAUUUUCAACUACUGUUCACCAAAAACAUUAUGUAUAAUUUAAAUGAAGCCAUUAAGUAAUGAAACAAGAGUAAUAAUAUGCCAUUUAGCAGACGGUUUUAUCCAAAGCGACUUAGUCAUGCGAGCAUACAUUUUACAUAUGGGUGGUCCCAGGAAUCAAACCCACUACCCUGGUGUUAAACGCCAUGCUCUACCAACUGAGCUACAAAGGACCAUGCUCAAGAGUAGCCUAACUAACUUAAUUGAAUAGUUGAUAAGGGAUGUAUUUGUGUGUUACUAAUGUGUUAUUGAAUUGUUUCCUACUUCGAUGUGUGGUAAAUAGUAUAUUCUACAGGGUUAUCUAUCCUAUUAAUAUUGUAUUACAUCUAUUUUUGUCAACUGAUACUAUAUGAUGAAUUACCUGGUGGAUAUGGAUGGUGUAUUAAAAUGUUAAUUUACUGCCA